UCCACCCUUCCCCUUCUUCUUGAGCAGAUUUCGCCAUUCCAGCAUCUGGUGACUGGUCGAUUCAUGGCUCGCUUCGUGCGUAGGCGACUCAGUGAAUCUGACUCCCUUAUAAUGAGGGUCUUACAGCGAGCUUAGCGGUGCGACACGGUAGCGCUUGAUGCGGAUCGUUUAUAUUGGGCUGAUGCGACCCUGCGAUUUGGAGAGCAGAGUUCGCAUUGCGUCUCGCAAGUUCACUCUACGAGCUCGCGUAUAUUUCGAAUCUAGUGUGCAUCCGACCUGGGAUGAGCAGUCACGACUCACACGCCAGCUUUGCAACGGGUGCUGAACGCACCCUCUGGUUCUCGUAAUUUAGGACCUAGACGGGCACGCUAACCCUGACAGACAACCUGGUUAUUGCUCUGAGCCGUUGAGUUUUUCUUGACAGCGCUGACCACGGCACGAGCGUCAUGGAUGAAGUCAGAAGAUUCGCGGAGAGCAUGAUCCGGACGGCGUCGAACCGAAUCAUGGCUAGCCCCCUCGACAACUCCGCGUCUCCUGCCGUCCUGGACACAUUCCGGCCUCCGAAUUCCGGCAGCAAGAGCAGUUCCAGUCUGGAUCCUUCAAACCGCACGGGCAGUCCGAGCAGCUACCUGUCACGAGGAGGCAUUCCGAACGGAGACAGGGACAGAGAUAGAGGCAGGGACGGGGAGAGAGACAGAGACAGAGACAGGGACAUGGACAGGGACUGGAUCAGAGGAGUCAGCGGCCUUGGCAGCAGAAGCGGGGGUCCUAGCAGCAGUAGCAGCGGCGCAUCCCGCCCUUCUCAGCGCACCCUAGUUUACUCCGACGCGUCUCCUGAUCGCUCCCAGGGAUCUCCCUCCCAGAUCCUGCUCGCGCCUGGCUCCCCGCCUCGCUUCCACUCCCCCCUGCGCACUGCAAGCCCCCCCAGGUCCGCAGGCAGAGGCUUCGGCCCGGGUUUCUCUGGUGCCCCCUCCUCCUCGUCCUCCUCUUUCAACCAGCUAACCCUACUCGCCUCUGGCGACGAUGGGUCAGCAUCUCCAGUGUCAUCAUCAUCAGGAGCACAAUCCGCAGCUGCAGCAGCAGGAUUAGGAAUGGGAAUGGGUAGUCGUACCCCCAUGUCCGCCCCUCCGGCUGGUCGUAGCCGCAUGGCCGCCUAUUCCUCUCCGUCCCCAGACACCCGUUUUCUCAGCCCAGGCGACCGUCAUCGCAGCCCUGGCGAGGGGUAUGACUCAUCGCCCUCCAUUGCUGACGCGGCAGCUGCUGCCCUGUCUGACGUGUCCGAGGAGGAUUUGCGGACGAGGACCCCCGUGAUGGUGGGGAAGCGCGCGCUGAUGGGCGUGGAGGGCAUGGGCAUGUCGGGGUCGCCCGGGUUCCUAUCAGGGUUCAUAGCUUCGAGGCCCAAGAAUGACGAUGCUGAGAUGCUGGACCCUAAAUUUUACCUCGAGUCAUUUGACGCAGUGCGGGCGGAGCUGGAGGCGCUACCGCGGGACACAGUAGCGCUGCAGCAGCUGGGCAUGCACAGUGGCCGGCGGCUGCUGCAGUUGGAUGUGAUCACGGAGCAGCUGGCCACGCAGGUCAUGCACCACCACCAGGAAAUGGUGCAAGGCAUGCAGCUGGUGGGCGAGCUGGACCGGGAGCUGCGGGUGGUGUCCGUCAUCUGCCGGAAUGCGCGGCGGCAUCUAAACAAGGCCAUGGCGGAGGUGGCCAGCGACCUCGUAGUGGCUGCCAGUGUCAACAAGAAGAAGAUGCUCACGAGCAUGCUGCCUGUGCUCAUGCGCAUGCAGCAGGUGGUGGAGGUGCGGGGGCGCAUGGAUGCGUGCAUAGACGAGGGCGACUUCGCCCGUGCUCUGCGCCUGUGCUCGCACUGCCUGGUGCUCAUCGAGCAGAAUGCGCAGCUGGCUGCCAUUCGGGACAUGAACAUCAGCAUAGAGGAGUGGCUGACCCGAGUUGUGGACCACGUGGAUGCGCUGCUCUUCACUGUCUGCAAGUCCUUCGACUCGCCCUCCUACGCCGUCGUGAUCGACGCGUAUGCAGUGAUGGACGAUGCAGCCACGCUGGCCGACAAGGUGCAAAACUUUUUCGCCCAGUCAGUCGUCACCUGCACGUACGACACUCUCCUGCAGUUCCUGGAGCAGGCGAUGGGGGAGGAUGAUGGGCACAGAAGCAGGCUGGCGUACAGCGAGUUGUGUGUCGAGCUGCCGGACGGCGUGUUUCGGCUGUGCCUGCUGCGCACUCUGCGCGUGCUCUUUGACCUCUUCGCAUCGCACCACCACAUGAUGACGUGGCGACACCCUUACGUCAGACGCCCCAACACGAUGUCCAUGGAUCGCUUCCCCCGCAUGGCAGCGCCUGACCCCGUGUGUGCGUCCGCCCCUGUGUCCGCCUCUACCUCCGCCUCUGACCUUCCCCACCUCGCUGACCUCCCUGCACCACCCAAGGGCCUGCCCCGCUCCUCCUCCGGUUCUGCUUCCGCUGGUAGUGCUGCUGCUGGUGCUGCUGCUGGUCCUGGUGAAGCAAAGGGAACCCCAGCUCCUGAAGGCGUUAUAGGUGCUGACGGCACUGCAGCGGGUGAGGGCACUGCGCCCAGUGAGUCACGGGAGGGUACAGCUGUGAGGCGGAGGAAGAACAGCCUGGUGAUUGAGAUACCCACAGGUGGGCUCCUGCAGGGGCAGACUGAGGGGGGGAAACCUGAGAGAGACAACGGGGCUGGACCGGGGAAGGGGCAAGGCGGGAGUGGGGGUGUUGCCGGGUCAGAUGCACAGACGCAGCAGCAGAGGGGCCACGAGCAGUUGCAGCAGCAGAGGAGACAGGUGAGGCGGUCGUCCAGUGAGGGGCACAAUGAGGUUUGGAGCGACAGUGCCGAGUCACUGGUGAAGGAAGGCCGCCCGCCCAUCCCAGCGUCAGGCUCAACUGGGGCAGGCUCUUCCGGGGCAUCAGUAGCCGCAGGUGGUAUAGCAGCAGCAGCUGUAGCAGCAGCAAUAGCAGCAGGCGGCGGGGAUGGCGGUAGAAGCAAUGGUUUGGCUCUAGACGAGGGGAGGAGCAGGGGCCGGGGGGGUGGAGCAGACAUGGCACUGCGGACGGACGAUGUGAUGAUGAUGGGGAGCGACUUCAGGGAGGGCUCCCUGGCGGAUCUGCCCCCCAACGUUGCGCGCAAGAUGCGAGUGAGCGCGACAGCAGCGGUGUGCCGUGCGCUGCAGAAGAACAGGAAGGCUGUCUGGGAGCUGGCGGCACGGAGGGUGGGCGCGCUCCUCACUGCGCCUGCGCUCUGCUCGGGAUCUUCGCAGCAGUUCCUCCAGUGCCUGGAGUGGGUGGACAAGUUUGCAGCAGUGGGCGAGGCGUUCACAGGGGUGGAAGCGGCUGGGCUGAGAGCCAAGAUGGUGAAGCAGAGCGAGGUGUACUUCAACACCUUCCACCGCCAGAACCUCAAGGUGCUGAAGAUGAUUCUGGAGCGAGAGACAUGGCAGCGCCUGCCCCCAGAGACCAUCCACACCCUCAGACUCAUCAGCCUCACCACCCACCCCGCCCCCUCCUCCUCCUCCUCCUCCUCCUCCUCCGCCUCCUCCUCCUCCUUUGUUCUCUCCACUCAGUCCUCCUCCUCCUCAGUAGGGGGUAGGGAGAGUGGGGGAGUGGAGGGAGUGAGUUCGGGCGGCGAGGGGGCAAAAGAGAGGAGGGAUUUCCGGGAGUGGGUGGAGAGAGAGAACCCUUUUGCUGCUGUGGAAGCAGGAGAGGAGGAGGCGGCAGAGGGGAAGGAGGGAGGGGAGAGGGCAGAGGGGGGUCAAGGGAGCAACAUGAGCGGCGGGAGUGGGGACAGGGAAGGGGGUGCUGCCUCUGGUGACGUUGCAGCAUCAGCAGCAGCAGGGGCAGGAGCACGGGGAGGAUCAGAGGAGAGCAGCAGAGGGCAAGGGGGGAACCCCCAAGGGCGGAUUCUCCCAGGGGGGAGAGCAGCCUCAGACAGGGGCUAUGACAGAGGGAGGGAGCAGGGAGCCAGGGGAAGAGCGAGUGGCAGGUUCAGUGCGGUUGGUGGUGGUGAUGAUGGGGAGGAGGAGGAGAGUGAGGAACUGCUGGCGGAUUUCAUAGAUGAGGAAGGGGUGGGGGUGUCGGCAGCAGUGCUGGCAGGCAGGGGCAGGAGGAGGUCAGAAUCAGGCGUGGGGGACGUGGGAGGGGGAGGAGGGGCAGGGGGGCUGGAUACAGGGCUGGCACUCACUGGCGCUGCUCUCACUGUUAUCAGGCUCAUGGAUCGGUAUACUCGCCUCAUGGGGUUGCUGCCACCUAUUGCAUCAGGGAUUUUCUCCGGUUUGUGCCAGCUGUUCGACCUGUACCUCGUGACUGUCUUCCGGCUCUUUGGCAGCCCUGAUGCCGUGAACACGCUGCGAUCGACCGACCCCGCUGCUGCUACCUUGCUGACCCCCAAGCUGCGCACCACGCUGGCACGUGUCGCUCAGGGAUUGGACGACGCGCGCAACCGGCCCAUCUCGUCCCUGUCCCCCAGCGGCACGCCCCCCCCUGCAGCAGCAGCAGCAGCGCUGGGGGAAGCAGCAGCUGCUGCUGCUGCCGCUGCAGCAGCCGCAGUGGAGGCAGUAGGGGGCGUGAUUGGGGCUGCAGGCAGCAGCGGAAGCUUGGCUGGUGGGAGUUCGUCGAACAACCUGUUGGUUUCCUCUUCGAAUAUGUUUGGACUUAAAGAGCGCUGUGUGGCCAUGGAGUCACUGAUGUGGCUCACCGACAUGCUGCGGCAGACCAAGCCGCGCUUCCAGUCGCUGCUCUCCCCGCCCGCCUGGACCAGCAUGGACGUCUUCUAUGCCCGCACUCUGGACGCAGUGCCUGACCUCUGGGAGCACGUGCUGCGCACGCUGGUGAAGCUGCUGCUCAGCAUUGCCGGCACGGCUGACCGCAUUGCUGCUGUGAACUGGGAGCCAGAGGAUAUAGGCACGCAGCACAACAUAUAUGUGGAGAAUCUGGUUGCUGAGUUCCGCCUCUUUGCUCAUCGCCUGGGGCAGUCUGGCGCGCCCAGACAGGUGCAGGACCAGCUGGUGGCAUAUGGCUUGGACGAGCUCUGUGACGUGCUGCUCGAGGGUAUCUGUCGGGUCAAGAAGUGCAACAGCAAUGGCCGCGCCCUCAUGUCACUGGACCUCCAGGUGCUGGUGCAGGGGCUGCAGCCCAUAGUGGGGCGAGGGGCAGUCAAGGGGCUGCAGCUGGUAGACAACUACAUCAAGGCUUUCUACUUGAGUGAGACGCAGAUUAUUGACUGGGUCCGAGCACACCCAGAGUACACCAAGACUCAGGUGCUGGCCCUCGUGGUGGUGGCUGCUAAUGGUGGCAAUUGGAAACUCAAGGACAAGUUUGAGAUUAUUAAGAAAAUUGAUGCUGGAGAUCUUUAAGUUUUGUCCAGGGUAGCACCCUAAGUGGUGAAACUCGCUCCAUGUCUUAUGGUAGGUAGAUAAUUCUUGUACCACUGAGCAUGUUGUGCAGCCCUGAAGAAAGCAUGCGUAGAUAUUUGGCCCAAAAUUACAUCGAAGUAGGUAUUGCAGCUAGUUGAUUUGUGCUCCAAACAAG